AUGGACGCUGUCAAGGACGCCGUAGAGGGCGUUAAGAACCUGGCUGUCGGCGAGAAGCAGCAGCCCAAGAAAGAGAAGCAACCGAAGAAGGAUAAGAAGAAGGGCGGUGAAGAUGCCGACGGCCGCCCGCUGGAACUCGCUCCCCCACCUGAGUAUCUGGACCACAGGAUUAAGAUCUUCGAGGAACUGAAGGCCAAGUAUGAUGCUGAUAUCGCCGCCAAGCCCCGUGAGCCCAUCAACAUCACCCUUACCGACGGCAAGGUCAUUGUUGGCGAGUCCUGGGUCACCUCCCCCGCCGAAAUUGCACGUGGCAUCAGCAAGUCGUUGUUUGAGCGCACUGUGAUUUCCCGCGUCGACGGCGAGCUCUGGGAUCUCGAGCGUCCGCUGGAGAAGAGCUGCACCCUCGAGCUCCUUGACUUCGAGCACCCCGAGGGCAAGAAGGUCUUCUGGCACUCCAGUGCCCACAUUCUCGGAGAGGCCGCCGAGAGGAGAUUUGGUUGCGACCUGUGCAUUGGCCCGCCCGUCGAGGAUGGUUUCUACUACGAGAUGGCCCUUCCUGGUGGUGACGUUGUCCAGCAGACUGACUACAAGCCCCUCGAGAAGAUUGCCGACAAGGCCAUCAAGGAAAAGCAGAAGUUCGAGCGUCUUACCCUUACCAAGGAGGAGUUGCUUGAGAUGUUCAAGACCAACAAGUACAAGCAGCACAUCAUUAAGGAUAAGAUUCCCGAUGGCACCAGCACCACCGUCUAUCGCUGCGGUCCUCUCAUCGAUCUCUGCCGUGGCCCUCACGUCCCCCACACUGGCAGGGUUAAGUUCUUCAAGAUCAUGAAGAACUCCGCCUCCUACUUCCUCGGAGAUGCCAAGAACGACUCUCUUCAGCGUAUCUACGGUGUCUCCUUCCCGGAGAAGAAGAUGAUGGAGGAGCACCUGAAGUACCUUGAGGAGGCCGCUAAGCGUGACCACCGCAAGAUUGGCAAGGAGCAGGAGCUUUUCUUCUUCCACGAGUGGUCUCCGGGCUCUGCCUUCUUCCUGCCCCACGGCAUGAUCAUCUACAACACCCUGCAGUCCUUCCUCCGUGAAGAGUACUGGAAGCGUGGCUACCAGGAGGUCCAGUCUCCGAACAUGUACAAUGCCGAGCUUUGGAAGCGCUCCGGCCACUGGCAGCACUACAAGGACGACAUGUUCACCUUCGAGGUCGAGAAGGACCCGUGGGCGCUGAAGCCCAUGAACUGCCCUGGCCACUGUUUGCUCUUCGGUCACAGGGAGCGCAGCUACAGGGAACUGCCCAUGAGGAUUGCCGAUUUCGGUGUGCUGCACCGUAAUGAGGCUUCCGGUGCGCUUACUGGCCUGACCCGUGUGCGCCGUUUCCAGCAGGAUGAUACCCACAUUUUCUGUACCGAGGACCAGAUUGAGCAGGAAAUCACUGGUCUCUUUGACUUCCUUCAGACCGUUUACGGCAAGUUCGGUUUCACUUUUAAGAUGAAGCUUUCCACCCGUCCCGAGGGUCACCUUGGUGAAACUGAGACCUGGGACAUUGCCGAGGCCAAGCUGACGGCUGCUUUGGAUAAGUUCACUGCGCAAGGUGGCGAGAAAUGGGAGCUUAACCCCGGUGAUGGUGCUUUCUACGGCCCCAAGAUUGAUAUCACCAUCUCGGAUGCGCUCAAGCGUGAUUUCCAGUGCGCUACCAUCCAGCUUGAUUUCCAGCUUCCCCAGCAGUUCAACCUGGAGUACAUGAGUGCCGAGAAGGUCGAGAAGCCUAAGGACGCCCCUAAGGCCGAGGCCCCCAAGACCGAGGCUCCCAAGGCUGAAGCCCCCAAGGAGGGCGAGCAGAAGAAGGAUGUCAUGGAGGCCGCAAGGAAGCCGGUUACCCCCGGCUGUGCUCGCCCUGUCAUGAUUCACCGUGCCAUCUACGGCAGUUUCGAGCGUUUCAUCGCCAUCCUUACUGAGCACUUUGCCGGCAAGUGGCCUUUCUGGCUCAGCCCUCGCCAGAUCCUGAUCGUCCCGGUCAUGCCUGCUGUCAACGACUACGUGCAUGAGCUGCAGAACAUUUUCCGUGCCAAGGGCAUGCACGUUGACGUCGAUGUUAGCGGCAACACGAUGCAGAAGAAGAUUCGCACUGGUCAGCUGCAGCAGUACAACUUCAUUUUCGUUGUCGGUGCCGAAGAGAAGGAGCAGCGCAAGGUCAACAUCCGUAACCGUGAUGACCAGGCCACGCAGCACAGAGGAGAGCUCGUCGACCUGGACGUUGCUAUUGAGAAGCUGGUGGCCCUCAAGGAGAGCAGGGCUAUCGUCACCGCCCUCUAG